AGAGCUCUAUUAACACAUAGUCAGUGAAAAAGAAACAGUGCAUCAUGGGAAACCCCCAGCAGCCUAGACCUAUUGCAGUGUAACUAAGGGAGAAUUCAAGGUCACCUGAUCGGGGUCAGCUGAGGGACUAUGUGCUUUAUCACAAAGGAAAGUUUUAAGCCUAAUCUUAAAAGUAGAGAGGAUGUCUCCCAAAUCCAAACUGGGAGCUGGUUCCACAAAAGAGGGAUCUGAAAGCUGAAGGCUCUGCCUCCCGAUCUACUUUUAAGUACUCUAGGAACAAGUAAGCCUGGAGUCUGAGAAUGAAAAGCUCUACUGGGGUGAUAUGGUACUAUGAGGUCUUUGAGGUAAAACGGGACCUUGCAUGUGAUGAGAUGGAUUUUAAAUUCAAAAUUUUAUUCAAUAAAGUCAAUAGGAAAGUGUUUACUGAGGACAUAGAUCAAGUUGGCCAAGCACUUUUUUUCUCAUAGGCUUCUACACAACCAGAAGUCUUUUUAUAACCAGAGAGGUUGUCCCCUAUGGACCAUUAAAAAUAAUGCAGGUUUCGGGCACUUCUUACAUUAGCUUCACUUUUCAGACUUGAUCCACCUUUUGUCCUCUCUCUAGUAUCCAUCCAUUCAUCCAGCUUUCUUAUCUAAUUCAAGGCCGUGAAGUGGUUGGAGCUUAUUACAGGAAAGCUACCCAUCACAGGGCAACAAAGAAGUAGCUUAACACUUAUUGGAAUGAAUGCCAUGAAAUUUCUGCAAAGAAAUGUGUGGUUUCUGAUGAAGAUGACAUUUUAAAAUUUCCAACAGUAUUAAUGAGCAGGUACAUGUUUGCUUACUAUAGUCCCCUACCAUAUGUUUUGCCAGGAUACUGGGCAGUGGUGCCUACUAAGUUAACAUGCACAGCCGUGCACUAACCUACAGUGUUAAAGUAUGUACUAGUUUGUUAGGGUUAUAUGGGAAUUUUGCAGUAUUUUGCAUGUAGCUCACAGUAUUAGCGUGCAAGAAGAGCGUCACACAUAUCCACUAGGAAAGGAAAGGAUUGUCAGUUCAUUCAGAGUACUUCUGAAUAAUUUGAUACUCUUAGGUUGCAGUAAAAGUCAUCUGUUCUUUUCCAUUUAGCUACAUUUACAUGCUCGGUGAUGUAGGAGCAGCUCCCACUUAUAAGUAACUAAUUAAUAAAAGUUACUUUAUCACUUGCAAAAUGUCAGGUCUGCUAACUCAGGCGCUCACUGGUCUGUUUAUGACCAUGCUGUAAAAAAACAAACAAACCAACACCCCCAAGUGGCCAUGUCACAUUUAACCCACUUACACAUUAUUCCAUGGCUUUAAUUCUCUGUUUUUAACUGUUUCCUUUGUCUUGCUGUAUCCAUAAAGGCCUCAAUAGAGGCAAGAGGCAAACUGAGGAAAGCAGAGUCCCAGCAGCUUGUAUGAGGAAGUAAAAAAUUGUUCCUGUGUAUAUUCAAAGUUGCCCAGUGCAGUGUAAACUAGGCUGGCAUUGGAGGAGAGCCAGUUUUUCAAUGCAGCUUUCCAAGAAUGGUUGUAACGGCAACUGUGCGCCAUUUGGUGUCUGGUGUGGCGAGCGCGAGGAGUGUUGCUGAGGAGCAUUUUGAUGAUGUGUGUUGCAUAUUGCUGAGCUGCAUCGUCAGGAUGUGCGUAAGCAGAGGCGUUUGACACUGAUGUGGACCUGAAUGAAGGACAGGCAGAGCUGCAGGAGGAGGAGGUGCUUGCCUUGUGCCCCUGAGAAAAGUUUCUAUCGAUCUAUAGGUAGGCUGAGAGGAGAGAAGAGGCACAGACAAGCAGAGUGGUUAAAGCAAGCAAAGCAAUUGCUGUACCUGCUCAUCUCUCAUUCCUCUUUUUUUGGCUGGGAUGUGUCUUUGUUCUUGUGUUUGAAGGUGGGUGUAUCAAUUCAGUUCCCACCUCCCCCUUAUCCCUCCGUCUCCCACUCUGCUGCAGUGUUCUCCUUCUGGGCUGUGUAUCUGCAUGCUCACACACACACACACACACACUCGUUCCCUCACAUUCUCCCCCCCCUCGUCGCUUCCUCCGUCUGUGUCUACCGCCAUCAGACGCAGGGACUGAUAAUAUCUGCUCCAACGCCCUGUCCUCCUUCCCCUGUUUUGUUUUUUUAUUUUGCACUCCUUCUCUCCUGCAUCUCUUCUGUUCUUAAUUAAUUGGACAUGCACUCAGGUUUUAAACAGCAUAGUCUUCUUUCUCUUCAAUUUACAAUUUUAAAAAGUCCCCCCCAAAAUGCAGUCUGGACCUCCUCUUCCCUUGAGAAGCUGCUAGUUUCUUCUGUGUGCAUGUGUCACCUCUCUGAUCAGUAUCUGUAUUCACUUAGUGUCUGGACACGUCACUCUGCUCCUUCAGAGUGAGCAGCACAACAGGCUGCAUGCAUCAUCCUUGCAUCAUGCUGCAGCAGAGUGCACAGUUUGGAUAACUCCUCCACAUCUGUGAGAAGACUGAGCUGUCUGGUUUCAGCUCAGGGCUCUUGUACAGCGUGGAUAUUAGCAUGUGGCUCAGCCAUGACUGCCAUGACUGUGCUUGUACCAGUGAGGAGGGGUGGGGGAAUCAGAGAGGAACAAGGACAGGCUGUGUGAAGGGAGGAGCUGAGCUUUAAACUGCUCUGUCAUUGGUUAGUCACGUGCCCUGCCUGCCUGUAAGAGUCUGCCUGAUUGGCCGCUGCUCUGCAUUGAGCACAGCAGCUGCAGUUGUGAUGAACUACCCCUUCUCUCUCUGCCCUGGCUCUGCUUUUCCUGUCUCUACCCCUCGCAUUAAUAACUGUCUGGCACUCAUCUGUGUGGACCAGCGUGCCAACCUGUGCCACUUCAAGGACACCUCUAUCCGCUGUGUGUUUCUGCGUGAAUCAUGUCAAGUUAGUCAAUUACUUUCUGCUCCAUGGAGCUCACCGGAGUUAAAGUGACGUCUCCACUGCCUGCAAUCUCCCUCCCUCCAUCCUCUCCCUCUCUCUCCCUCUCUUGUAUCACUUAAUCAAGACAUACUGUAGCUUGCCCUUUCCUGUUCACCGCUGCCUCCCUCCCUGCUACCCUAUUUGUUUGCCCUCGUCUUCUCCUCUUUGGCUGUUUCGCGUCCACCCUCCCUGCCUCGUGAUCCUCGUCGCCCUCCGUUUAAACAAACUCCACACCAGCAAAGCAGCAAGCAAGGACAUGCAGCAGAGAGGUCAGUGAGGAGGAGGAGGAGGAGGAUGACAGCAGAAGAAUAGGAAACGGACAAGGAGGGAUGAGAAAGAGACUGAAGUAAGAGGAGGAAGUGGAACUCCAAAGUGCCUACUGCGAGGGUACGUCUGCCGAGUCUGCUGGAUUACAGCGGGACGGUGUGUGUCUGGCCUUGAAUGGAGGCUGUAUUUUAUCCUGACAGCCACAGAGUCAUCCAUCCCACAUUGCUGAGCUGCAGUCCCAGCAUACCCUGAGCUGAGCAGCCACUUCGUCUCAUCAUUACAAAGACAUCUCCGUGUAAGACUGUCUGUCUUUUUUUUUUGUUUUAUUUUUGUUUUGUUCUUGUUUUUUGUUUUGCUCUAAAGAAAUCUUUAGUUUCCUUGUCAGGCUGCCCAAAUAUAACUAAAGUAGAACUACAGUGAAUGCCCCAGCCUGGCCAUGUUGACGUGAAUGUAGUGGUGAUUUACAGCGGGCUGAUACAGGUGAAUGCACACACUCGGCGACUCUGCGAUCCAAGCGACAUGCCAGAGUGAUGCCCUCAGAUUAGUUUCCUUUUUUUCUUCCUUUUAUUUUUGAGACAGAGCUGGCCUCUGCUCGCAGUCAAGCCCCUCUAUAUAUCUCACUGCAGUGAGACUUCAGCUGCCACUUUUCCCAGGAAGAACUAAUAAACAUCCCCCAAAAUACACCAACCAAAAGGACUCGCUGCCUAUUUGCACUGAGGAGAAACCGAAAAUAUUUUUGCUUCUGUUUCCUCUGUGUUGUGCUGGGGGAUUUUUUGUCUUGAAUCACCAUUAGUCACCCUUGCUCUCAUCAGACAGUUUUCCGUCAGUUUGCCCACCGCCGCUGCACAGCGUCUGCGAGCGUCUCUGAUGGCUGUCAGCAUGACCAUGGGACGAGACACCAAAUGGCUGACCUUGGAAGUGUGUCGUGAGUUUCAGAGAGGCACCUGCUCGCGGUCUGACGCUGAGUGUAAGUUUGCACAUCCCUCACGGAGCUGCCAUGUGGAGAACGGCCGAGUCAUCGCCUGCUUUGAUUCGCUCAAGGGGCGUUGCACACGCGAGAACUGCAAAUACCUGCACCCACCUCCGCACCUGAAAACCCAGCUGGAAAUCAAUGGGAGGAACAACCUGAUCCAGCAGAAGGCCGCGGCAGCCAUGUUGGCUCAGCAGAUGCAGUUCAUGCUGCCUGGAACACAACUGCAGCCCAUAACAACAUUCCCAGUGACACCCUCUCUGGCAACGAGUCCCAGCAUGGCAUUCAGUCCAUAUCUGAGCCACAUGGGCCCAGCGAUGGGUUUGAUGCCUGAGCUGCUGCCCAGCACUCCCCUGCUCGUCCCCGGGAGUCCUACCGGUCUGGCAGCCAUGGGAAAUGGCACCUCCGCACAAAAACAUGUGCGCACAGACAAGCUGGAGGUUUGCAGAGAAUUCCAGCGCGGGAACUGCACGCGAGGUGAGAACGACUGCCGCUACGCUCACCCCCUGGAGGCGGGCAUGGUGGACUGCAACGAGAACUCGGUCAUUGUCUGCAUGGACUAUAUUAAAGGCCGCUGCAGCCGAGACAAGUGCAAGUACUUCCACCCUCCAGCUCACCUGCAGGCCAGAAUCAAGGCUGCACAGCACCAAGCCGGUCAAAACACCCCGUCCUCAGGCUUGGGUCUGCCCCCGGGGGCUGUGCAGCCGCUACCAAAGAGGCCUGUCUUAGAGAAGAGCAACGGAGCUGCUGCCACCGUCUUCAAUCCCAGCAUGUUCCACUACCAGCAAGCCCUGGCUAACAUGCAGCUCCAGCAACCAGCCUUUAUCCCCACUGUAGACCCCUCGGAGCUUCUGACUUCAGAUCCGGUGGAGCUCCAGUGCAUUCCCAUGGAAACCCAUUUCUGCCCCGUCCCCAAACUGCUGGUGGCAGCUCCUGUGGCACUAAACUCAGUAAGCCUUUCCCGAAACCCCAGUUAAAGUCCCAUAAACCCCGAGCACUGCAGCAAACAUGUGCCUCGCCCACAGUGCACACCGACUGAUAUCAUGUUGUGAACGUAAGAGAGCUGCGAUGGUUCAUGCAAUACAGACCUGGACGUAUUACCGUUGCUUUAAAGCAGCCACCCUGAUGCAUACUGACUCGAUCGGGGCGAGCAAUAGAGCUCCCUCGUCCUUACAGCCAUACAUGCCCACACCUUAAAAGUGCAGCACAUGUGCGCACACAUAAACACACACAUAUAUAUUCAAGACUAAAUGCCCUUUAUGGGUCGGAGCCAUCACAUGAGGCCACCCAACACAUUUGACUGUUCCAAAGUAAGAAACUCUGAGAAGUUCAUUGUAGAAAAUUCAGACGGACCAGCUGCCGGUCUCCAACCAUGACGGGCUGUCAAAGUGAAAGAGUGUUUCAUAUCAUGUCACGUUUACGUUUCAAGAUGAGUGCAAAUGUGACGUUUGUGUUGUACGACGUGUACCGCUCAGUCUGUCAUGAUGGUCUCAUUUUGCCUGGUGAUACGUCAGUAAGGGGUUGUUGUUCAUUUGUUUGUGCCUUUGAUUUUUUCUGCUCAGCUGCAGAGGAGACUUAGUGUCCCAAAAAUAAUUUAAAAGAAGAAUUAGUUACGUAAAUAGAGUGUAUUAGCCUGUAGCUGCUAUUGGGAUAAAGUCUACUGGUUACAGCAAAUGCCUCUUAAAAUGUAUAUUAGAGUUUCUUAAAUGCAAUGAAUGAUUCGCCCCCCCCCCCCUGUUUUAUUGAAAAAUGUAGACUGGGUGAAAGUAACUUAGUAUGUAAUUACUUCUUAUAAAGAAGAUGGGAUGAGGGAUAUCUUUAGGAUGUGUUAAAUAAACUGCCUUAAAGCAGCUGAGGUCAUGUUCUCUAUGUAAGGGCCCCUCUCUGUAUAGUACUCUCCAGUAAUAGACCAGACAGCUCCAAUCGUCAAAACUGAUAAACCUGAGCUGUGAAGUUUCUUGAAUCGUGAUUUCCGAUCAGUGAUUGUGUUUCUUUUGUGAUGGGUAGCUGUGUAACGACUAAAAAAGGAAAGGUUCAUCCUGUUUCCUCUGUGAUUUGAAACCUGAACACUCUUUGAAACCGAUUCUGUGUGUGUUCAGCUCGCCUGUAAAUGCCACUUAAACUUUUACACCUGAUGUCAGUUAUUGCACAAGAUGGAAGCGAGAUCGGUUUCCUUUUGUUGUGCCUAAAGUCUGCGGUAUAUGCAAGGAACUGCCCGUUUAAUGCAAUAUCUGGAUAAAUCCUCCAAAUAAAUGUUUCCCUCUCUAAUGCAGAGAUGUAUUUCAAAAGGCUGUUUGUUUAAUGUGGCUUUUGGACUAAAUAAGUGGCACAAGAUUUUUAUGUUUUAUGGUUCUGCAGGGAGAAAGCUUCGAACUUGAAAAUGUCCUGUCUGACUUUAAAAUGUCAUGUCUUUCUACUGCUGUCCUGUUUGUCAAAAAUGACGAGACUCUAAAUAUUCUUAUAACCAGAAUCAAGUUGUAGAAAAGGAUGAACAGUUCUCAUGCUUGAUGUCUGAUGGUGAAAAAAAAAUUGGGGGGGGACUUUCAAGUGUGUAAGGAAUUGCUUUGUAGGUGUAUACAAAAAAAUGAACUUAACAGCUUUGGAAACUGGGCUGAAAUCACUUAUAUCCAAAUUCAAAUGUGCCUCUUUCAAGUCUCCUCAAACAAAACUGUCAGUACACUGUAAGACCAGACCAGUGCUCAAAGACAGCUGUGUUAUUUGGUACAUUAUUAUAAUAUGAAAUCACAUUUGUAUCAGUUUCUUCUCUGAGACAGCUGUGCUGUCUUACUGUCAAUGUAAGGAAAUAAAUCAGAGAGUUGUGUGCAUACAUACGUGUGUCAGAAAAGACGAUGGAUCACAUAUUUGGUUAGAUGUAAAUGCUGCAGAUAUUACACAUCUCCCAUUGAACAUUAUUCAUUUUAAAUAAUGUUAAUGUGUCGUGAAUGUAUCUAAUGCAAAAACUUUACACAUGCCCUUCUAAAAGACAGGCAUGCUGAAAUGUAAUGGUUCACUCUAUAUAGACUAUUUCAGAGGUCACAUACUGUAGGUACCAUGAUGAAACUGUGUUAAGACAUAUUAAAGUAUGUGUAUUGUUAUAUAGAUUUAUAUUUAAUGUUAAUGGGUGGUGUGACUACUUUUAGAAAUAUCUUUCACUGUCAGAAAAGGUAGAGCAGACUGCUGUACUCUUUGAAGUACAAAUGUACACAAUUCAGGUACAUUUCAGUACCAUUUAUUGCUAGUCAGUUUUUCUACCCCUACCCUCUGUAGUAUCCAAAGCACUAUAAACAAAGCAUAUUCUCAUUAGGCAGAAAGUCAGCAUGCUACCUUUUUUCUCACAUGUAUUUCCCUUGUCCCAGUACUGCAGCCCUGAUUCUGUUAACUUUUGGUGUGGAAAGGCUUUGUGGAGCCAUAACUGUGCAGAAAACCCACCCAGCCAGAGCUGCAAGUUCAGCACCAGGUAUAAUCCUGGGAUUAACCCUCAUUUUGGGCGUGUAAAAGCUUUUCCCUCCUGACCACCUAAAUGCCCCAAAUGGCAUAUUUGUGGCAGUUUAAGAAAAAGUACACAUAUCUGCUUACUUUUUUUUUUAAAGACAGAAGAUCUGAGCUGCUCUUAUGUUUCUGUGCUGAUACUAAGCUGGAAAGAGCUGCUAGGUAACACAGAGAAAAGUCCAGCACACCUUAAUAAACAGUUGUGCAAAAACAACCGCAUUACACAUCGUGACUGCUUGUGAACAGUGAGGUUGCCAGGCAACCAGCAAUAUAACCCAGAUGGAUUGUAAACUGUCCAUGAAGAAAUAAUUACAGGAGGAAAACAUCUAUAAAACUACAGAGUGCCCUCUUUAUAUCCAUUUUAAAGAUUAAAUGUGCAGUCUUGCAUGGAAGGUGUUUACACCUUUUAGAUAACUAAAAGUUAGCUUUUGGACAAACUGUGUAAUGUUUGUAAUAACUUAAGCCAACUUAAACAAGAAUAGAGUGCCCUCUAUAAGUGCGUUAACAGAUAUUAUUGGAUAAUUUGUGCAUCUGAAGUUGCUAUUAAAGCACAAAAAUGAGACAAAACAGUUGGUGGCUUUAGCUCUUAUAUAGUAUAUAAGUAAGUAAAGUUUAUUUAUAAAAGCACUUGUCACAGAAAUGAAGUUAUAAAGUGCUUGGCAAAAUAAAUAAAAACUGUGAAAAAUCACAAUAAAAUAUAAUAGAAAAUGAUAGACGUAUAAGUAAAUGUCAUCUGCAUAGAAACGAUAAGAGACUUCUGAAAAACCCUGAAUGAUGCCAGCUGGCUCAGGAUUGAGCCUCGCAUUUAUCUGAGCCUUGCAGAUAAAUAAGAAGAAAGUUAGUCAAAUGGAAACCAUAGGUCUACUAAGGAAAGUAUCAUGGUCGACAGUAUCAGAGGCUGUGCUGAGGUCAAACAGACCGAGCAGAGAACAAAUCCACAGAUCCUCUACAUCAGAAGCCACAUGAAAGCAUGUUGACUGAACAGCGAAAAAGUAGCCUAAAGUAAACGCUACUGAACUGGUCUACAAAUAUCAAGAUGCAUAACUAUCUAUUUCUGUGCUGUUUGUGUAUUAAAUAGCACAUAAUAAAAGCUAAAGCCAGUCUGUAUUUUAUCUCAUGCAAUGCUUUCAUCCUAAAAUGCUAAAACUGAGGUUUAAAAUAUCUAUUUCAGUUUACAUACUUUUAGAGGACACCUUAUUUGUAAUAACCUAAUACCUGUUAAUUUAUCUGUGUAGCUCCACUUUGUAUGGAAACAGGCUAGUGCCCCAUACAGCUGAUUUAAGCUUCAUAUUUACUAUACAGACAUAAGAGUGAUAUAAAAUCUUGUGAAUAAGUGUAUCUCCCAAAAUAGUUGAAUAAAGUAUUUUUUAAAGUAUAGCUGACUUUUUAUCUGCAUGGUGGAUCAAACAGUAUGUAGGCUCAUAGCUGUCUCUAUGAACCUGAUGAUCAGAAUGUCCAGACAGGUCCCUUUUUCUAAAGACUAGCUUCGUCCAGCCAAUCCCCUCCUUAAGUGACCCUACCCCUAACAUCAGUAUGCCUUCACUGUCCAGCUGGAAAAACAGAAUACUUGAUUAAUAAACUGUGCCUCUCGAGGGCAUUUGAGGUUUUUAAAUACAUUUAAAUGUAUCUUUUAAGGCUCAAGAGUGUAUUAAUUUGAGGAUUGUGGAGCACCAUGAGUAAAAAAAAAAUACAAACAAUGUUUUUACCUCUUAAUUUUGUUCCCUCAUUCAUUCUCUUGUACUUGAUUACCUUUGGGCCUGGUUGUAAUUUUUUUUCCCCACACGGUCCUGAAUCAUAACUGUUCAACGUGUGCAGAGCUCUGAUCUUCGCUGUCCUGUGAUCAGAUCCUUCAGCAUGUGGACACAGUUAACCCAGUCCUGAGAAUACAAACAAAGGGCCUUAAUCCUCGAUCAUAUGUCACAGCUGUGUAUGAAAAUGUAAUAAAUGUAAGAUUUUUUUUUCUGACAUAAAAAAAAAAAAACGCGGCAUGAAAAUAAUAAUAACAAUAAUGACAACAAAAAAAUCAUUUAUAUGUAGUUAAUAGUUUGUGUAGACCAAUAUGAAAAACAUUAUGAUAUGAAAAUCGUUUGUACACAAUGAUGGAGUCAUUGUUAAUGGUAAUAGUUGCUGUUGCUAUGGCAACAAAAUGACAACAUGGCUACCUUUUUAUUAUCCUAAUAGUGAUUUUUUUUUCCACAAUAAUUGAGAUGACAUACAGCACUAACCUAUCCGAAAAGGGAAUGUCUAAUUAUUAGUUUGUCUUGUUGCAACGUGAUUGAAAAAACUUUAAUCCUUGUAAUAUCCAAAGGUCCUUAGGGGAGGUCAGCCGUUUAUUUUGUUUUGUUUAUUUGACGUUCAUUUUAUAUUUAGGUUUUUUCUUCUUGUACAUGGUGUUUUUGAGAAAUAGGAAUGAACUCUGGCUUUUAGAGCAAACAUCUGUCAGGGCGGUAAAGAGGCCCUUGGACUAACUGGAAGAUCUUUUUUCUGUGGAGGCGAGCGGUUUUUGCCGUUUGCCUCCUACAGACCGAGAGAUCUGGCUCAGGUUUUGGCCAAGAAGGUGGUCUCGAGGUCUCUUACUGCCCAGCUGUGCUGGGUGAUGUCGAUCCUCACUGAGGUGUAUACGAAUGUGUGAUGUUCACCUUGUUUGCACUUAUGUACAUAACUAUGUCAGAAUACUCAAAAUUUAUUUUGAAUAAAUACAGAUAAAAGAGUCAAUUAAAAAAAUCUAAUCAAUAUAUUGUUAACGAUAUGUCUAUUGUUUUCUUACAUCUGCCCUUUUGUUUGUUGCUAGAGGCCUGUUCUUUGCUAAGCAUGGCACUGCCUAGCUGUAAACUACAAAUGAUUUGCUUUAUAAAGCUAUUUUUUUUUUCAGUUCACUUCAGUUGAAUGAUCCUCUGUGGUUUAAUAAUAUGCGACCCUGACAUCAAACAGGAGAGGUGGAUCAUAUGUAAGAACCUAAUCUGAGCAGAUGACAUGCAGACACAUUCCUCUCUCCAGUAAAGCACCGAAAUAAAGCACAGAGUAGCUCCAUCUGCAGGCUGGAAAAAAACAAAAUAGGAGCCGAUAUUAAAUCUGACCACAGAGGAACAGAGAUUUAAAUUCGCCUUCAUCUCUGUCAUUUUGUAAUUUUUUUAAACUCUCCUGUUUCUUGUCAUUAACCAAAACAACAAUAAAUCUGAAUUCUCCUCAGGAUUUUAGACUAAAUUGCAAACAAACGGCUUUUCCAAUAUUUUCCUCUCCCAGCAGCAGCAGCAGCAUCCUCACAUGACUCUGGUUCUGCUGAUUUGAACAUGUGAUCCUCUUUAUUUGCCCCCAAAGCCAGCGAUUUUGUUGCCAUGGCACUUCUCCUAGUGUUGAACUGACUGAGUCAUCCUGGAGAAUCGGUUCACAGCCCUCUGACUGUUGAAUAUUGACUUCAAAGAGUUUGUGAGCAGGGACGGGUCUCUGAACGACGUGUACCCACAACUCACCAAAGCGUCUCUACUGACUCACCAGCUCCCCUCAUCAUUGCUGUCCCAGUUUAAGUACAUGCUGUGGGUUUUAAAUCACUGUAUUGUUACGAUUCAUUUUAGUUGUGAUUGUGCCUUUAAUGUGCAAACUGGACUUUUAGGUUCUACAUCUCAAUGACUAAAACCGCCACGUGAACUGAGCGUGUGCCAAUCAUAUCAAUUUAAUUACAUCCUCUGUUGAGUCCACAACUUAUUUUUUAAAUUGGGUACAAUCGCCGACUGAACGACACCCCCGUGGAAGAUGAUGAGGGCCAAAGACUGUUCAGGACUAAGCCAUAAAAAACUCUGACACUCUUGGGCAGACUUGAACGUGACUGCUGUUUCUUUGUUUCACUCUGUUUUCUGCUUGUGGUGCUUGUAUGUGCUCCUGUGCUACAUGCCAAUAUAUUUUGCAGUGUAUAGCUAAUUAUGAGUAAGUUACUGUGCCUAUGAUGAGUUCUGCAAUUUCUGUUUGACCUUAAAUAAAACACUUCAUUGUGA